CCGAAAUUCAUAAGUUGUGCGUGGCUGAAAGAAAGACGGCCUCUGAUAUAUGAUGAAGUGUCGAUGUAUUAGUGGAUAGUUUGACAAGUUCCACAUCACUCUCCAUACCCGACCCAAGUAAGUCUUCCGUUCGUCGAACCCGAUGACCCGGACGAAAGUCUUUCGUCUUCCCUUCCACGCCCGAUAAGUCCAUUUUCUCCUGCAAAUCUUCGACUGCAAACCCUAAUAGAGCGAGACAAUGGCGAUCGCUUCAACUGGGAAGCCUCUUCUCCUCAUCGUCCUACUACUCCACAUUUUAUCCGCCAACUUUUCUCUGUCACAAGACGAUGUCGUAUCCGAGUUGACCUACCUCCGGUCGCAGUCCCCCACCGGCGUAAUUCGCCUCACCGACUCACUCCUCCGACGCAUCGUCUCUGUCUCGACUCCUCGCCCCUUUUCAGCACUCAUUUUCUUCGACGCCCUGCAGCUCCACUCCAAAAAGGAACUCUCAUUACCCGCCUUGAAAAAUGAGUUCUCUCUACUGGCAUCCUCUUUCCUCACCAACAACCCUGAUUCGAACGUUAACGGAAAGCUCUUCUUUUUCGUCAUCGAAUUUCAGGAAUCUCAACAGUCGUUCGCGCAAUUCGGCGUCAAUUCCUUGCCCCAUAUUCGUAUCGUUCCAGCUUCAGCUACUGAUCUGAAGCAGGAUUCGAUUCAAAUGGAUGCGUCGGAUUUUUCGCGAAUGGCAGAGUCCAUGGCUGAGUUCGUUGAGUCGAAAACCAAUCUUGAGAUCGGACCGAUCCAUCGCCCUCCGAUUGUGUCUAAGAUGCAGGUCACGUUUGCUGUGGCCCUUGUACUCAUAUCUAGUCCGUUCAUUAUAAAAAAGUUCCUUUCCGGCAAUACUAUCUUUCAAGAUAAGUAUGUUUGGAUGGCCGGUGCUAUCUUCGUCUACUUCUUCAGUGUUGGAGGGGCAAUGCAUAAUAUAAUUAGGAAAAUGCCAAUGUUUAUGGCUGACAGGAAUGAUCCUUCAAAGCUGGUUUUCUUUUAUCAAGGGUCUGGAAUGCAAUUAGGAGCUGAAGGGCUCGCUGUAGGUUUCUUGUAUACCAUUGUGGGAUUGUUGUUGGCCUUAAGUACUCAUAUGCUAGUUUGGGUGAAGAACAGGACUACACAGAGGGUGAUCAUGGCUGUUUCACUCUUUGUUUCAUUCUGGGCAGUUCAAAAGGUGAUUUCUUUAGAUAAUUGGAAGACUGGCUAUGGUAUACACGCUUACUUUCCGUCCCGUUGGAUGUGAUCUUUUGUUGUCCCUUCAGGUUAUCCUUACCCGUAGGUAUGGAUUCUAUUUUAAGCUUACACUCUGUCAGGGGCUAUACAGACUAAUGAUUCUAGUUUUCACAUAUUGUAUUAAAGCACUUAUGUGCUGAUUGUACUUUUGAAUUUGGAUGAUGUAUCGCAGUGCUUCUUGUAUAUGCGAGCUACUUCUUGUUCUAUCAUCUUAAUAUUGACUGAUCUUACCUCAUCCAUGUUGUCUUGUGUUUAACUCUUGCGGAUUGAACUUCCAAGUUUGUAUUUAGAUGACAAUAUAUAUGUGCAUACCAUUUGGC